AUGAGUGCAGAACAGAGGGAUAUAACAAAACAGUUUUUUGAAUGCUGUAGGCUUUGCCUUGAACCUGGAGCAAUAGCUCACGAAAACAAUUUUCACUUACGAUAUGUAAUGUCGGCAAUCGAUAUUAUGAACCCAAGUAUGGAUGCCGGGAUGGCUAAAGAAAGAAAAGUUGUCUAUCUUCAUGACGCGAUUGCGAAUGGAGAUCUUCCACUUGGACGUUUUACUGAUUUGGAAGUCCUUUUGGGUGUUGUUGACGAGUUGAUUGUGUUGCUCGUCAAUUGGCUUACCGGCGAUUCUCUUGUUCAAACUGUUUAUACCUGCAUGUAUAUGCACUGUAUUCCAUUAAUCGAGGAUUCUCGCCUAGCCCUUUUCUGCGAAGCAUUAAGACGCAUAAUACUGUCCUUUCGCCGCCUAUUGCUGACUCUACCUUCCUUCGAAGAUGAGGACUUCUGCCCUGCUAUCAACGGUGUCCCAUUGUUAGUUAACACCAAAUCCUCCUUUCCUGAUAAUACUCCGGUUAAUUCUUAUUUUGAACUUUCCAAUGAAAAUCUAGUUGGUCUGCUGCAGGAAGAGAGGGUGAAAUUGUCUGAAUGCAAAUCCAAACCGACUAAAAUGCAAGACGCUUUAUCUGUUCGAUUGUGGCUGGCAAUUUCCAUGCUAGACUUCGGUCAGAAAUUUGCGCCUUUUCUGUCUGUUUUAGGCAAAGACGACCUGGAAGCGGCUUUUAAUAACGUGGAAUUAUCCGGGUAUGGCGAGUCCGUAACUUUUGAUGAAGACUCUUCGCAGAAGAGGUUUACAAUUAAUUCUGAGUCGUUUGAUGGUACUUGUAAGGAAAUAGAGAAGAUUGCCAUCGAAAUCGUUGAGAUCUCUAAGCUCUUGAUCGAUUCGGCUACUUGUGGAAAAGAUGCUGGACCUGGGAAAGAUAACCCCCGAAGUGAAAUAUUCUCAAUUCCCGGCUUCGAGCCCUAUCUGACACUUGCUAAUCUGACCGCGACUGUUCAAAGGUUUCCUCGAAGUCUUGAUAGACCUUCAGUAUUUUCAUUUCUGGGAUGUGCGUUCUCCCGGAUAGUUAAAGUGGUUCAAGAACUAAGGAGUCUUAUUGCUAAAAAUUCCAUCAAUGCUGUCUUACUUCACGAACUAUGCUCACUUGCUCAUACUGUUGGACAUAAUCUUUGCCAUUCUCUUUUCAACAAAGCAGAGACGGUGGAAUCUUUGAAAAUUGAGGAUGCUUGCUCAAAAUCCUGUGUCCUUUCUAGAGGCAUACUCGGGAUUCUAAUGGCAGUUGCGGUAAAAUGUCCUCUCAUUGCAAACGAGCGGUUUUCGAAGGCCUUGGAUCUAUCGCCUCCGGGUAUGCACUUUGUGGUGUCGUGGAUGUCCGUUGAAUGCGAUUGGACUCGUGAUUAUAUGCUCGAUACCAUUGAAUACCUUGCUCCUUACGCCUCGUUCUUUGAGCAUGUCUUCAUGCAAAUUUACUCCAUAUGUCGAUGUUAUACCUUAAAUCGCUCCCGUCAGCGCUCUAACAUGGAGCGCAUUUUUGGCAUACUCAACGAACUUAUUGACGACGCGGUUUCUGUGGAGACCACUUUUGCCUUGGAGCUAGUAGAGGCUCGCAUCGCACCACGUAAUUCACCAAUCCCCAUCCAUCUUACAUCCUACAUCUGUUUCUUCUACUACCAUUUGGUGUGGGAUUACCUGGUGACAGGAUUUCAGCUGGAUCUAUACUCUCCCUAUGAGUGGGUCUAUGUCUACGCCCUCAUAAUCACUCUACAGCGUAAUCUUUCCGCCUUUUUGGAUCACAUUAUGAAGGAACUGAUGGCGGAAAACAGCGGUCAUUCGAACACGAGUGCUGCUUUUGCUGCUGCCAAGAAGCGGCGUCGCCGUCGUGGUGGUCGUGGUGACAGUAGUAGUACAGUCGGUAAUUUUAAGGAGACGGAAGUGAAACCACCUCCAUCACCUCCUACCUCGUCUUUUAUUCAAAUGCCCAGCGUUGCUCAAUCGAACGUUCACCGGUUCAUGAGUGUGGCGACUCUUUACGCGAUGCGAGCGCUGCAGCGUGACGCUGGAAUUAAUCUGAAGGCAAUGAGCAAACCCCCACAACGCACCACCCUGGGUUCGUCCCUCGAAUCUCACCGCAAAUUCUACUCUUCCCUCAAGAGCCAAUUCAUCCAUCGGAUGAGACCAAUCAUUUCCUCCCGCUUCUCCCCUUUGGUAGACAGCGAGGGACCUGAGGGGUUUUUCAGAACCGCGCAUAAUUACGUCACAAGCAAGACCUUUGUGGAGACAGAGACCAAGGAUCUUUACAAGAUGGCUUCUCAGAUUUAUGAACUUGCGCGCCAGUGGAUUGUUUCCGCGAAAGCUCUGAACCCCUCAGUGAGUUACAUUGGUCCAGUGGACCCUCUGGACCGGUUAGACCAUCUGGCGAAUAACAACAAAAUUUUCUGCGACAUACUAGCCUCCAGAUCAGAGAAGCGACCAAACCGAAGCGAUUCAGAUGACUGGUUUCGUAAAGACUGCUUUCAUCCUGUGCAUUUAAAUUAUGAUUACCUGCCCAGUCGUUUCUACCCUUUACUACGGUUUGCCUAG